AUGUUCUCUCUGUUUUCUAACUUAUACUGGCCUGCAUUUGCAAAUAUGAAUAGAUUUCGCAGCAUAAGACAUCCAGUAGCAAAAUAUGUUCAAUUGCUAUCUUUUGGCGGCGCACAAACACUGCUGGCUCAACCAUUUAUGUAUACUGAAUCAAAAGAGGCUACUAGAUCAGAAAACAGUCAUCAUCUCCCUAAUAGACCUGUAUAUUCAUCAUCAUCAGAAGCACUGACCUUUGAACCAGAUGACCCACGACUUAGAAGCAGUGAAUGCUUGAAAAAUGCGGCAGGCCUUGCAGUAGAUUCUACCUCAGCAAUUUUGUCUCAGACAGUGUAUACAGUUAUAAAUAUUGAAGAGCAAUAUGUUGAGCUAGUAAACCGCCUCAUCCUGUUACUGGAACUACAGCUGCAAGUGUUGGGUCUUGGUGCAGAGGAAGAAAAGGUAGCAGAUCUUAUUCUGCAAACACGACAUGAAAUAAGCCAAGUUUACAAGCGCAAGCAGGAUCUAGUCAUCCUUUUUGACAGCGUUGAAAAGUUAGCAGUCACUACAGCUGAAGUUGCUUUUGCAGCAGGUGCAACCUAUGCUUCUACCAGCAUUGGUGAAAGAUUGUACAGUGCAGUUCGUGAAAUUCAGCAACUUCGAGCAACUUCUGAUGAGGCAGAUAAGAACUUGAGGUCAGUGGAGGUUCAGUCUAUCGAAGUAAUGACCAAGCAUGAACAGAACAAAGAGGUACAUGACAGAGCUAACAAAACAUGA